AUGCCGGCCUCCGAUGUGGCGGCCCAGUGGCGGAAUGGAAGAUCGGGUAAACUCCACCCAUAUCGUCCCAUUAUAGGCCAGUGCGUUCACCUACCCUUUUCAGUCGAAGGCCUGCCUGGACUUGGACCACUAAAAAUUUUGUCAGCACGGCAAACCCAAAAAGACCAAAAAAAAAAACUUUCUUAUAUAAAGGCCCUGUUUUCGCUUUCUCUCUUUCCUUCCAUAGACCAUUUUAUUUCUUUUUACCCUCAUCCUUUUCAAUAUACCUCAUACAAUGCCUGCUGUUAUAUCCCGUGAAUACUCCAUGCCCAUAGCCAAAUCACAGAAAUCAUCAGGUCGGAUCACCAAGAACCACUCCGCAGCCCCUCAAAAGCAGUGGAUCAAGAAUAUUACCAGAGAAGCCUUAGCCGAUACCACCGAAAUCAAACGUUUAGAAAAGGAGCUAGCUUUCUCAUGCGAUACCUUAGCGACGAUUGUCGUGAUGAUCGAAAGUCUUCAGCGUGCAUAUGAUACCUGCCGACCAGAUCAGUCCCAAGGCCGAACUCGCCUUAACCCAGCUGAACGAGAAUUACUAGCUGAAUACGACGACUUAGAACUCCAGAUGUCUCACCUGGAAAAGAAGAUUGCUCAAAUGGAGGCCCAGCUUACUGAACUCAAGGGUAACCAGCCAGCAACGCCAGCAGAUCACUUUGUGAAGCUAGAAGUGCAAGUGCCGGUUUUCAACGAUUGGGAGCAACUCCAAUUUGUCCCGCAGCAAAGCCUGAGUCCAGAAGAAUUUUUUUACACUGAUAACCAAGAAUCAACCACCAUCAAGAUGGAAGAUAUGGUCGAUUGGAUUGACUGGUCCAUCGAUUCAUUUUAGACACUUAUAACCUUUAUAUUUAAAAAUACCACACUUACCCCCCAUUUGUAAAAUUGAAUUCAUCCCCAUCAUCAUCAUCUUUGUACAUUUGAUUCCAAUAGAUUAGAC